AUGUAUAACCUUACUGAUUACAAUCAUCACAAGAAACCAGUUUCCAAGUUCGAACUAAAGUUCUACAUAUCGACGACACUGCGAACAAUACCUGCCGACGACAAAUCACAGAUCAAGGGCACCACUGCUGCAGCGAAAGAUGCGGGUUACGCCAGCUUCCCGGCGUUCUUGAUAGCAUAUGGACUGAAAAUGCGCAAAGACGGUGAUGUGAAGGAGGGAAAGGCGAUUUUGAGGGAGAUGGGAUAUAGUGUUUAG